AUGGUACAGACUCGACAGUCUUCACAGAAGUUGGCGGCCCACGUCGCCAACGGUCAAGCAAACGGGACUGCCAAUGGCCACAUCGAUGGCUACGCCCCUCCCUCAAAUGUCGAGCAGAUAGAUCGAUCCAGAUGGCGAAUGCUCAAUGAAUCAGGUCGGCACACCUGGCACUACCUCAAGACGGACGAAGAGGUUGCAGAGUGGCCGCAGUCUGCCGCAGACAAGUAUUUUCUCGGCUUGCCUACGGAUCUCCCUGACCUCACUCCUGCCUCAAAGCCGUCUGAAUCCAUAGACAAUUGCCUGAGCUUCUAUUCGAACCUGCAGCUGCCUCCAGGCAACUGGGCCUGUGAAUAUGGCGGCCCUCUCUUUCUGAUGCCCGGCAUUGUGUGCUGCUGGUACGCGACUGGUACACACAUUCCGCUGGAAUAUCAGAUUGAGAUGAAAAACUACCUCUUCGCCAGACAAAAUAAGGACGGAGGGUGGGGACUGCACGUCGAGGGCCACAGUUCAGUUUUUGGGACAGCCAUGAAUUACACCGUCCUACGAAUACUAGGAGCCAGCGAGGAAGAUCCAAGAAUGAUAAGAGCAAGAGGGAAACUUCACGCAAUGGGCGGAGCCACCAACGGUCCUCACUGGGCCAAAUUCUGGCUCAGUGUUCUGGGAGUUACCCGCUGGGAAAUUGUCAAUCCAGUUCCUCCUGAAUUAUGGCUUUUGCCCGACUGGGUACCGAUUGCUCCAUGGCGAUGGUGGGUUCACAUGCGUCAGGUCUUCCUUCCCAUGUCCUACAUCUGGUCCAAGAGGUUUACCGCUCCCGAGAGCGAUCUCAUUCGAUCUUUGCGACAGGAGCUGUUCGUGCAGCCCUACGAGUCUAUUGAUUUCGGGUCACAUCGUAACUCGAUUGCCCCUGAAGACAACUAUCAUCCCAAGUCCUGGCUGUUGAACCUGAUAAUGUGGCUCUUGGUGUGGAUUUGGAUCCCUUUUCUUAGAACAAAAUCGAUCGUCGAAAAGGCUGAAGCUUGGGUUUGGCGACUUGUCCAGUAUGAAGACCACAACACGGACUUUGCAGACCUUGCUCCUGUCAAUGCCCCUAUGAACACACUCUGCUGCUUCAUCAAAGAGGGCCCUGACAGCUACUCAUUCAAAAGACACCUGUACCGCCUUGAGGAAUAUCUAUGGGUAAACAAAGAAGGCAUGCUGGUCAACGGGACCAAUGGUGUUCAAGUUUGGGACACAUCAUUCAGCAUCCAAGCCUGUGUUGAGGCUGGCUUGGCCGACUCUCCGAAGUGGAAACCGAUGCUCACCAAAGGAUUACAGUACUUGGAGUCGGAACAGAUCCGUGAAGAAGUCCCCGACCGGGAGGUUUGCUACCGGCAAUCGCGCAAGGGAGCAUGGCCGUUCAGCACCAAACUGCAAGGCUACACCGUUUCUGACUGCACAAGCGAGGCACUCCGUGUUGUCCUCCUGCUCCAGAAUGGCCACGGCUAUGAGCCGUUGAUUGAUGAGUCACGUAUUUAUGAUGCGGUCGACGUGCUGCUGACCAUGCAGAACAAACAUACCGGUGGAUUUGCCAGCUACGAGAUCCAACGCGGCUCUGAGUAUCUCGAAAUGCUCAAUGCGGCUGAAGUGUUCGGGCGCAUCAUGGUGGAGUACGACUACCCCGAGUGUACCACUGCUGUGGUCACAGUCUUGUCGCUGUUUCAGAAAUUCUAUCCACAGUAUCGUACGGAUGAGAUAAAAAGAAUCAAGGAAUCUGCUUUGCAGUACAUCCGUCGGGCUCAAAGGGAAGACGGAUCUUGGUACGGCAGUUGGGGUAUCUGCUUCACAUACGCGGCCAUGUUUGCCCUUGAAUCCUUGUCAUCGGUGGGCGAGUCAUGGUCGAACUCGCCUCGCGUCAAGAAAGCAUGCGAAUUUCUGAUAUCACAUCAAAUGGCCGACGGCGGCUGGGGCGAGAGCUACCGCGCCUCGGAACUCAAAGUGUGGGUGGACCAUGAAAAAUCGCAGGUGGUGCAGACGUGUUGGGCCGUCAUUGCGCUAAUGUAUGCUGGAUACCCUGACCAGGAGCCGCUGAAAAGGGCGAUCAAAAUGGUGAUGGGUAGGCAGCAAAAGAACGGCGAGUGGCUGCAAGAGGCCAUUGAAGGGGUGUUCAAUUGCAGCUGCAUGAUCACAUAUCCGAACUACAAGUUUUAUUUCCCUGUGAAGGCGAUGGGCAUGUAUAUAGCCAGGUGGGGGGAUGACGAGUUACUUUAG